AUGCCGUUUGGAAAUCCAGGACCAGCGGCCAUCCUUGCUUCACAAUGGACCCUCAUCGUGGUCGCCACGGCCGUCAUCGCCGCCCGAAUAUACCUACGACUCAAAAUCCAGAACCGCCGAAUGCUGAAUAGCGAUAUCAUCAUGUGCACGGCGUGGGUUUUUGCAAUCAUCACCGCAGCAUUCGGGCCCGUCUUUGCGAGUAAGGGCGCCCUCGACCCGGACGUGCAUACAUCGCUGGAGGGAUACAAGGGUGGCGUGGAGGACCUACAGCUAGUACUACAAUUGUUUUUUGCCGUCAAUUUUCCCUUCUACACCACAUUCUACCUCUGCAAGGCCGCCCUUCUCGCCGUUUACCUGCAGGUAUUUCCCGAGUUCAUGGUCAAGAGAAGGAUAUUUUUAUGGGUGACGAUUGUCUUUGUGGUCAUCGCCUACAUCGUCACCAUCACCUUAAUAUUCACCAUAUGUCUGCCUCUGGAACGGAACUGGGAACUUAGCGUGCAAAAAUCGUGCCCGGGCUCGUCUUAUGCCAUUCUCUUCCAGGUCGGCUGGGGAUUGCACUUCCUGGGGGAUCUUCUCGUCUUCAUUCUGCCGUGGCUGAUUGUCCCUGCAUUAAACGUCAAGAGGGCACUCAGACUAGGUAUCUACUUUACGUUUCUUCUCGGAACCAUCAACAUUGCUGUGUGCCUGGUGCGCUUCAUUGCGAUCCAGCAGGCGGGCGAAGAUUACUCCAUCUCGCUCAGCACCAUUAUCCUUUGGAGCUCUCUCGACGUCAACGUCGGUCUCGUCAUCGCUUGCCUCCCCUCUCUCCGACCAUACUUUGGCUCUCGAGGAAGUUCAGGAUAUCCGACCGAAAACACACAAACCAAAUCAACAGCAGGAAGACAGUCGGAGAUCGGCGUCAAGAUGCACGAGCCCCGACCUAUGGGACAUUUUGAAGAUGCGCCAAUGUCAGCAGGCCCGAGCCUGCGCGAUCCUUCUCUUACGUACACGGAGGAGAUCUGGGAUGAGGGAAAGAGGGAUAACGCGAGUGAUGUCGAGUUGAUACAGAUGCAUUUACCACCACGGUGA